CCGCGCAUGUGCACAGGCGAUGGUGUUCACAGCUCGAGUGACUGUGCCGCGAGACGGACGCUUGAAAUUUCCUCCUUUACUACCCAUCACGAAGAAAACGGAGUGCAGUGUAUUUGUUAGCGUGUGUUUGUGUCGAAGACGAGGCCGCAACCAGGGAUACGAACACGGCCGUCACUCGAAGGUAAUGAGUGAUGAGGCGUGGAGGUGAUUCUGACGCCGCUGCUGCACCCAUCGAAGGGGUUUAAGUCGAGGACAACCACAAAGCACAGAGGAAACGAGUCGGACAGAUUACUCCACUUCUGGCCACCACUGUACUAAAGCACCCUCUCGCGUCGCUUUUGAAAUAUACCAAUCAGGUUUCAGCAAAUUGAAGGACUUAAAGUCGAGGAAAACCACAAAGCACGGUGGAAAUGAGUGUAGUAAAUUACUCCUCAUCUGACCACCACUAUACCAAAGCACCCUCUCACCCUCUCGUUGCGCUUGAAAUCCGUCGCCUCCUGCAAUAAGUCCCGUCAGCGGAAAAUAAGAAAUUCCACCGCCCGCUUCAGUGCUGCUGUUCAUAAGACGAGCACAGGCAUCGGCUUCACUUUGAUGGUGCUCGGCAAAGGAUAGACCGAGCUAAUGGUCGACGAUUAAAGAUAAGAGAAAAAGUUGUUCCUGAGGUGGAAGUGAAGGGAGCGAAAUAAGAGUCUUUUGAUCUGGGACUGAUAGCAACGAGGUACAAGAGUUUGCUGUUCGCUCCUUGGCUCCCUCCUGUGGCUCCUUCCUCUGGCUCCUUCCUGUGGCUCCCUCCCGUGGCUUCCUCCCGUGCUUCACUCCUCCGUGGCUCCUCUCCUUCAUGCACGUUGGAUCGAGGGGCACUGAUGCAUGUAAGGGCAGCUGCGCACAUCAGGGUGUGGGCGUGGAGGGCGCGUGACUGCAGCAGCGGCGGCGUGCAGGCGUGGGCCAGCUGGCGGCAUGUGGCACCGAGUCAGGUGGUCUACGACGAAGGCCCAGCUGGCUGACAGUUUGUGCGAAGUCCCGGCGUGACGCUCUCCUCCUCCCCGCCGCUCCUUCCCGCACCCCGCCCCUCCUCUCCCUCCCGCUGCAGCACCCCGCCCUCACCGCCCCGCCGCCCCCCAUCGUCCUCGUCAGUGUUGUCGCCCCGCAGCGGAGCGUGAGAGCGGUGGUGGGAGCCUCGAGGGCCAGCGCCACCGUCCACGUGUUUCUGGCACCACGUCACUGUGCCACUCACGACGCAGACCUGCAGACCUUGUGUGUGUUCCUCCCGCACCUCCUGCAGCUCAAGACGUGGCCUCUCCCCUUGUCACCGCGGCACCAGCACCCUCCUCAGUGACCAGGGCGCCUCCCUUUCACCACCAGAAGGACGAGGACGUGUUUCUCGGUGACUCAGCAUUUCUUGUUUGUGUCGUCAAGAUCGGCAACUGAUUCAUUCUUGCACUCUUGGGUGAGGCGCACGGACCUUCCCUUCCUGAACGGUCUGAACACGCUGCCGUCGGGGUGUUUGUGUGGCCACCUGUGGGUCCCGUGCCCCGCGCCCCCCCCGCCGUACUCACAGAGACAGAGGCGGGCGGGCCAUUAAAGCCGCGUGGCGAGGCUGCUGCUGGCGGCUGUUGUGAGUAGUUGUCUUUUCACUUUGACCGCCGAGGAAAGUCAGUAAAGAAUCCAGGAAUUCUUCGAAACUUUAGUCAGCAAAUCCCGUGAGUUGCGGCAGAAAGUGGCACAGCGUGUGACCUUUGAAAAGUUUUAAGCGCUUUAGUCGCGGAGUGUCUGAAGGUGAGCGUCGCGGGGUUCCCGUGUACACAGCCAGACGAGUUGCCUGACGGAGGAGCGACGGAACACAGUUUGCAGUAUUACGUAGCCUGCACAACACUGACUUACAUCAUCCACCAGCAAAGGCGUCGAUUCCGGGGCGUGGGUGUGGGUCUCGGCGGUGCCUGUCGCGUGAGGCAGCGAGGUGACCCCAGCCCCACCACCACUACUGCGGCGGCGAGGGGCUAUCCUCCCCCCUCCCCUCAGUCCCCACCCUCAUGCCGGGGUAGCCACCGCCCAGCGUCUUAAUUAAUACCUGACGCAACGACUUCCCAAUCCCAAGAUGGUGUAGCCCCUCACCACCACCACCCUCACCACCACCACCACCACCACCCCAUAAGGAGCUCCUUCCUCGGGGCCACUUCCCUCGCCAUGGCCUCUCAGGGGGCGCACCCGGCGUGCCUCUUCCUGGCCCUGACGCUGCUCAUGACAGGCGCAGCCACGGCCAUCCUUUGCACCGCCAUCCUCACCAACUACUGGGAGCUGAUCACCUUUGACCGGGAGGCGGUGGAGGCCAUCACCGCGCGCCACAACAACACCCACACCCUCACCUGGCUGUGGGAGGGCAAGGUGGGGAAGGUGGUCAUUCAGCUGGACAAACCCCUGAAGGUGCGUCGUCAGGUGGGAGUGGCGCCACUGGGGGAGGCGAGGGGCGUGAAUGCCAACAACAAUCUCAGGUUCCGUCGACAGACCUCCAGGGUGAUCUACUUGGUCCCUCACCACGGUGGCAUCUGGACCCUUUGUGUGGGCCUCUCAGAGCUCGAGCAAGAGAAGCUUCGAGGCAAGUUUCGUUUGAGCGGCUGCAUCAACUACUUGUCCCCUCACUCAAUGGGGAGCAGCGAUAAGAAUGACUGGGUGCAGAGUAAGUCACGGUCUGUCUCUAUCACUUCUUCUUGCUCUACAAACAGCACAAGGAAGGAUGGUUGGGUUCAGAGAAUGCAGAACCUAAGCAUCUCGUGUGCCCUGGUGUGCUGCAUCCUGCUGGGCGCCUCCGCAGUGGUGGGCAUCUUUGGCAUCAUACAGAGGCAGAUUUCGGCAGUCCUCAUCACCGGUGUCAUGUACAUUCUCGCCUCCACCUUCGGUCUUUUCUGCCUCACCAUUAUGCACUUCAAGAGGAGGACGAAGAAGGACUGCGGCGUGCUGGAUUCACAAGUCACGCCGGAGUACAGCUCAGCGCGGGUGUUCGAGACGGGGUGGUCGCUGGACUUGGGCUGGGGCGGGGUGGUGACCUGCCUGGCGGCGGCGCUGCUGUGGCUCCUCCUGGCUCGCAUCAUGCGCUACAACCCCAUCUCACUCUCCUGAUGCCGCCUCAGCCCCCGGCCCUGGCCACGCCCCUGCCGCCGCGCCCUCCUUGCCUGCCUCCGCGCCUGCCACUGCGUCCCCCUGGCGCCGGACUGAAAUGGAAUACACCCAAGGACAUCUUUUAGCCGCUGCUGUGUAAUCAAUGUCCAGUGUUUUUGUGGUGAGCGUGAGUGUGCCCUCGCUGGGAGCAGCCGAGUCCCGGGCUGGGGAAUGGCGUGGGUCAGGUUUAUGUUGCAGGCGCAGCCCGAGUCAGUAUGGCGUGGUGGGUCACUCCAGGGAUUAUUGAGGCCGUCGCGACCCUUUGUCUCGCGUGGCUGUUGUGUGUGGCGGAGCCGCGGCGUGAAGGUCUCCUUGAGUGUGGCGCGGCAGCUUGUGCUAGUAGUGGCGGGCUAGGGCUGGGGGUUGGGGUGCGCAUGAUCUUGUACUGACGGACUUUCGAGUGUCACGUCACUUGUAUUACUUGUACGUAACUAAACCCUGAGAAGUGUACGCAACCGGAGGUCUUCUGAUUAAGUUGCUCAAUAAAAGACAAAGCAAUCAAUGAUUUCUACUAAAAGAACGAUCGCAGAUCAGAUCUCGUAUCAAUUCAUUUUGUCAAAAGAUGAACACGUGUUCCGUCACACCACCGCUUCCGUCUGGCGGCGCUGGUGUCGCUGUGGCGCUCAAAGAAUGAACCUUAUUCUGAAACACUUCUGCGCCACACCUCCACUAUUUCAAAAGACUCUAGUUGAAGUGACACGAGUUUUUAAGGGUGUUUUUACGGUUCUAGUGACAGGUUAACAAGAUUUCUACAUUAUUAACAGGAGAAACACUCUUGAGAACCCGGCCAAUCAUCUCUGUGGCCUUUGAAAACAGUCGUGGUGAGAGAGCAAAGCGUUUCUGAAUACUGGCCAAUCAGCGACAGAUAAAGAGGAGUCUGAUCCUGUGUUGUGCUCCAGCUUGGCACGAGGCUUACAAAACAAUCUCUCUCUCUCUCUCUCUCUCUCUCUCUCUCUCUCUCUCUCUCUCUCUCUCUCUCUCUCUCUCUCUCUCUCUCUCUCUCUCUCUCGCACAUCUGAUCAGCGGCGCCUUGCGAUGCUCACUUUUUUUUUUACAUGUUACAGGGACAGACACGGCCGCUGAGCUCAAAAUAUCCGCUUGUCAUCCUUCCUUAUCGUGUACGUUGCAUUAACUUCACCGUGUUCAUGAACGUUUUAUACUAUUCGUUCUAGAGAUGUCAAGAUGUCAUGUUGUGGUGUCGAGGGGAGAGGAAGAGGCUGCAGUCCUGUGUAGUAACAGAUAAGGUAAUUGUCGUUCACUUGUUACGUCGUUUCCCGCCACUAUACAGAGGCUCAGGACAAUAAUAGUAAUAAUUCUCGGUGUUCUCUGCUCGUUCUCGGGGCGUGAGGAGGCGGUGACCUCAGCGGUGACACUCAGCAAUUGAGGCCUCCACUUGAUAACACUUUACUCUUCAUCACGCACGUCACGCAUCGUCACCCUUCGUAAACAAACUGCCCGAGUCGUCAUUUUCCUACUCUUCAGAAAGCGAGAUGAAAAAAACGUAUUUUUUCUCGCUUCCCUAUAAAAAGUAAAGAUAAGAUAAAUUUUCAACCACUCAGCCAGGACAGAACAAAGAGAACUGUACCGAAACCACUUGAAGCAGGAUGGAACUAGGAGGAACAGUUCAUAAAUCGCCGGAAAGUGACAUAGGCGGUUUGUUUAUGACAAUAUUAUCAACACAACGAUUCGCCGACAAUCACUGAACACCGCCUCCCUUUCAGAACCCACAGAUCAGGCUGCCCUUCGCGCGCCACACGUGUUGAGGGGCGUCAGGAAGCCCCAUCGCACUCACUCCAGUUCUUUACAUCCAUCAGACUGACUUGAUUGCGUUUUCUAUGACGAACGGGAAAGAGAGAGACGCAGGAAACUUCUCCGUGAACGUUUAUCAUUCCUGUUAAGUCUGGAGCUCUCAGUAAGGGAGGUGGAAACGUGUUGCUUCUUAUGACGAAAGAAGAGAGGCGCAGGACACACUUCUUCAGUGUUGUUUAUCCACGCAAUUUUUUUUUUCUUUUUCUUUUUGAGCUCUCAGUAAGGGAGGCGGAGUCAUGUUGCUUCAUUUUAGAACGGAGAGAAGACGGAGAAAGAUGCGCAGGACGUAUAAUUUCACAUGAAUAUUUUUUUUUAUGAGUGGUACUGGCCAAGGACUACAAAAAAAUAAAUAAAUAAAAAAGACUCACUGAGGUGCUGCUCCCUACAAGAAAAUAGGUAAAGAGAUUAUGUGAGAUUUGAGAACUAUCUUAUUUAUCCACGCCACGUUCGAGGGCCUGAACACGUGACAAGGGAGCUGGAGAGGUGUCAGAAGUCCCAAAGGAAACUGAGGCGCAGUGCAUAAACCUAAGGAUUCUCAAAAGAACUUCGUAGUCUUAUCUCUUGUGCUUCUGACAGACUCUAGUGGCAGUUGUUGGGUUUUUCAAAUCUCUUUUUACGAUUACUGCGAUAGUUUAACAGGGAUUCUGCACAGUGAGGAAAAACACCAAUGAGAUCCUAACUUUUCAUCUUUGCAGUCCUUACGAGACCUCGAAGCAUCUCAGAAUACAGGCUCAGGUAUCAGUAAGUGUCAGUACAAGCGGGUCACGGAAAACAGUUUAGACUAUUCAAAAUUUCAUGGUCUCUUUUUUUCUUUCUAUUUUUCUGAGGUUAAAAAUUUGUACGUGCGCCUUCAAAAGUGGAAAUUUGGCGGAAUUUUUUUAUUCUUUUUUUUUUUUUUUUAUCAGGAACGCUCUUGUUAGUGAAUGAGCGAAGGACGUGCCCGGGUUUCGAUAUCUGAGAGCCGGUGUACUGCAAGGUGUCCGCCUCGUGUGUGCGUGAAGGAGACAGAACUGAAGUGACGGAAGGCGAGACAGUGUUGAAGAUUCUCACGUGGAGUAUUACUUGUAUUGUUAUUAUUAUUAUUAUUAUUAUUAUUAUUAUUAUUAUUAUUAUUAUUAUUAUUAUCAUCAUCAUUAUACAAUCGUAGUAAUAGUGUUAGUAGUAGUAGUAGUAGUCGUAGCAGUAGUUAUAGUAAUAGUAGUAGUAGUAGUAGUAGUAGUAGUAGUAGUAGUAGUAGUAGUAGUAGCAGCAGCAGUAGUUAUGUAAAGAAAAUAUAAAGAGAAACAUACAGAAAAAAUCAUCAGAAUCACCUUUAGAAAACUCUCUCUGAAGGUUAAAGAAAAAAAAAGAGACAAAAGAACCAUU